AACACAGCGUCGAGUUUCGAGAGAGUCAACACUAGAAUAGAUCGACUCCGACUUUGCUUGUGGGCGCCUGCAAUUCGCCUGCUUGCCAUGAUGAAAACAAAACCUCCUAAAAAUGUUUAUUAAGAUAUUUUUAACAGUAUUAUUUUGUACUGUAUGGAGCGAAAAAUACUCCCUAUACUACACAUACACAGCGCUCUCCAGACCUGUCAAUGUAGAGGGAAUCUAUGAAUUCACUGCUGUGGGCUUCCUCAAUGACAGAGCGAUUGACUACUACAACAGCAAAGAUCAAGUCAAGAUUCCUAAACAGCCCUGGAUGAAAAAAAAGAUGCCACCGGAUUACUGGGAAACAGGCACUCUGUCACGAAAGAAAAAACAGCAGUGGUUCAAUGACAAUAUACAAACUUUGAUUGGGCGUACGAGACAGAACAAUACAGAUGUUCAUGUUCUUCAGUGGAGAUGUGGUUGUGAAAUUGAAAAAAAUGGUGUUUCUGAAGAGCACUUUGUCAAAGGCAUUUGGGAGAUUGGCUAUGAUGGAGAAGACUUCAUUUCUUUUAAUAAUAAGGAAUCCAUGUGGGUUUCUUCAGUAAAUGCUGCUCUUUCUACACUGAUGCAGUGGAAUAACAUCUCAAAUCUAAACCUUAAAGUCGUGCAGUACCUGGAGGGGGACUGUGUGGAGUCACUGAACAAAUUCAGAAACUAUGAGAAAGAGGAGUUCAGAAAGUUAUUUACUCCAAAAAUUCAUGUGUUUGCUAAGAAGUCUUUAAGUGGUAGAUUGAAUAUGACGUGUCUGGCCACUGGCUUCUACCCCAAAGAUGUGAUGCUGUCCAUUAGAAAAAAUGAAAAAUCCUUGCCUGAAUAUGAGCUGGAGUCGACAGGAGUCAGACCAAAUCAUGAUGGAUCAUAUCAGCUGAGGAAGAGUGCGUCCAUCAGGGAGGAAGAUGUGGCUGAUUAUGAUUGUUACAUGACUCACAGGACACUUGAAUAUCCAAAAAUCAUAAAAUUGUCUGACGGACCAGAAUAUUGUGGACCAAUUUCUGUGAGAAAACUAAUGGUGGUUGUAGUAGGGAUAUGCUUUUGUAUAGGUGUUAUAAUCAUCUUUCUUCUUUGCAUCUUAAAGAAAGACAGAACUAUUCUUACGCGAGGUCAAGCAACAACCACACAACAGAAUGUUCAAAUGGAUCAGAUGAAAGGGACCUGUUGUGAAGAGGAAACAGUUUUACUUGGAACUAAAGAUAAGACUGCAGCAGAAGAACAAGCAGUUGAAAGUGAUUCAGAUUUAAAAAACCAACCGGAUUUACCUAAAUCGAUCUUUCAAAGUGAAACAUGGAGUGAUGGACAAAAUGACUCUGGACUGGAAGUCAGUGAACAAUGCACUAACAGCAGCUAUGCAAGCUCUAUAGAGUGUGCAGGCACAUGACCUGGGUGGAUGACUGAUCUAAAAGUUGAUCCAGCCAGAUGCAUAAGAGCAACAAAUCAACACAUCAGUGCAUUUGUGACAAUGGGCUGCUGCUGUACUGUUAUCAUCUUACGUGCCCCAUUGAACCUACAAACCAAUCUCAAUGCCCAUGAAGGUGCUAAAUACGAAAAAACCACUGAACUAUACCAAUCUCAAUAAUCUGUGUGUGUUAUUGUAAAUUUGUAAAAUAGAGAACUUUAUGAAGUAAUGUUUAAUUAGUUUGUUAGUAGUACCACCUCAACUGCACAAUAUUAUUGUCAAUAUUUUUUACCAACAACAGCUAUUAGAUUAUAUAAUUAAUGUUAAAUGAAUGAUGUAUAAUAUGAUUCUGUUGGUAUAAAUAUGGACUUGAUGCUUGAAAGGGGUGCUGUAUGAAAUGUGGUUUACUUUGGUUUAACUGUACUUUAAUUUAUUACUUUUAUCAUGUUUAUUGUUGUGUGGUAAACUUUGCUGUGAAUUUUCCGUUGGCAUUAAUAAAAUUUUGUGAAGACAGGA